AUUAGUACGCCAGUGCGUCUGUUUUUAGGACGUUAUUAUUAAGUGAAUUGUUAUCGUUAAAGAAAUACAAACAUGUUCAGCUGGUUGUCGAAAGAUAGUGGCAAGCAAGAAGUGUACCAAAGUGUUGUUGAAGGACUCAAGCAAAUUUACAAAAACAAACUUCUACCUCUGGAGGAAUCCUACCAAUUCCAUGACUUUCACUCCCCAAAGCUGGAAGAAUCGGACUUCGAUGCAAAACCGAUGAUAUUGUUAGUAGGCCAGUAUUCAACAGGCAAAACAACUUUUAUAAAAUAUUUGCUGGAGAGAGAAUUUCCUGGCAUCCGCAUUGGUCCGGAGCCUACGACUGAUAGAUUCAUUGCUGUGAUGUAUGAUGAAAAAGAAGGUAUGAUACCUGGCAAUGCUCUUGUGGUUGACCCAAAGAGGCAAUUCAGACCUCUGUCCAAGUUUGGCAAUGCUUUUCUAAACCGCCUUCAAUGUUCCCUAGUGGAUUCACCAGUAUUACAGAACAUUUCGAUUAUAGACACUCCUGGUAUCUUGUCUGGGGAGAAACAGAGGGUAGACAGAGGUUAUGACUUCACUGGGGUACUUGAAUGGUUUGCUGAAAGAGUUGACCGAAUUAUUUUGCUAUUUGAUGCCCACAAGCUUGACAUUUCUGAUGAGUUUCGAAGGUCUAUAGAAGCACUAAGAGGACAUGAUGAUAAAAUCAGAAUCGUAUUGAACAAGGCUGACAUGGUGGACCACCAGCAAUUGAUGAGAGUAUAUGGAGCUCUUAUGUGGUCACUAGGAAAAGUACUGCAGACUCCAGAAGUGGCUAGGGUGUACAUUGGGUCUUUCUGGGACCAGCCUUUGAGAUAUGAUGUCAACAGGAAGCUAUUUGAAGCUGAAGAGCAAGAUUUGUUCAAAGACUUGCAAUCACUUCCUAGGAAUGCUGCUCUCAGAAAACUGAAUGAUCUCAUCAAAAGAGCUAGACUUGCAAAGGUGCAUGCUUAUAUAAUUGCUGAGCUCAGAAAAGAGAUGCCCUCUGUCUUUGGGAAAGAUUCCAAGAAGAAAGAAUUGAUCAAGAACCUUGGUUCAGUCUAUGACAAAUUGCAAAGAGAGCAUCAGAUAUCUCCUGGAGAUUUUCCAGAAAUCAAAAAAAUGCAAGAGGUCUUAGCCAACUUGGACUUCAGUAAAUUCAAUCCACUGAAACCCAAACUCUUAGAUAUUGUUGAUAGAAUGUUAGCUGAAGAUAUAUCAGUUUUGAUGGCUAAGCUUCCUUUGGAAAACCAAGAACAGAGCGCAACUAAUGGUAAUAAUGGCUCAGUUCAAGGAGGUGCAUUUACUAGUGUUGAUGAUAUGGCAUCUCCAUUUGGAUUCAAAAGGGGAGAAGGUAUUGAUGCUGGAGCAGGAGAGUUAGACUGGAUUGUUAGCAGAGAGAAACCCAAAUAUGAUGAAAUAUUCACUAGCCUGUCCUCUGCAGAUGGAAAAGUCACUGGAAUGGCUGCCAAAGCAGAAAUGGUAAAAUCCAAGCUUCCUAACUCAGUACUGAGUAAGGUAUGGAAGCUAGCUGAUGUGGAUAAGGAUGGUAUGUUGGAUAAUGAAGAAUUUGCACUGGCAAUGCAUUUGAUCAACAUCAAGAUCGACGGUAAUGAUUUGCCAUCUGAAUUGCCAGCUCAUCUGGUACCGCCAUCCAAGCGCUGAUUUCUUUCCUAUAGAGUCCACAAGUGCUAUUUGUUAUUCAUUAGAGUCGUGCCUAAAUUAACUUCAUAUGUACACCAAUUUCCACAGCUUGGUUCAAUCUGCUGGCAAAAGGUAUCACUGGAAGAUAUCCAAAUUACCACUCAUUUACCUUGCAUUAACUCUCCAUUCAGGUGACCAUUUUUAUGUUAGAAGUAUUUUUACAGUGUACCUCACAAUAUCAUUUGAGAGAAAAAUGUGUGUAACAAUACAAUUUCAGAUGGCUGUGAGCUGUGAUGUAAAUGAAUGGCACAUUUGAGGUGGUAUUUAUUAGGUUGGUAUGCACAAAUAUAGUUUGUUCAAAUGAGUUUCCCUAUUCAAGUAUUGAUUCCUUUCCCUUUGAAUAAUGGACUUUAAUUUGUCUAUUUUCGAAUAUGAUGAUUCAAAUAUUAGAAUAACUGGUUUUGUAUGUACUAAAUUCAGGCUGCCUAGGCUGGAAUUUUGUUAUCACACACUGUUUUUUGCAACAAAAAUGUUGUUCUUUGCAUAAUCAAGUUGGAUCAAGGUUGGUAGAACUGAUAAAUUAUAUAGGAAGUUGUAGAGAUGUAUAUUCUAUCAUGGUGGAUGGUUAUGCCUAGAAAAGAUGAAUUCAAAAUAUGUGAGUAGCAUGCCAUAUUAUAUUUCCACCAUGUAUUUUAUGACUUUCUUCAAGUAAAUUCACUAAUUCAAACAUUAUUAUCAUCUGUGAACCUAAGUGGAAAUAUUCACUAUUAGGGUUAUUAUAUCAGGAAUGACCACUUCCACUUCAUAAUUAAUCAAUUCUACCAUCCUUGGGUUUGCUGGAUUUCAAUUCAUGGCUGAUAUCUAGGUAGAACAAUGUGAUAAAAACUAAAAAUUCGUACUAUGUAUAUUUGUAUUAUAUAACAUUGUAGAUAAGUGAUUCCAUUGGCAACACCUAAUGGUUGGGGCUCUAAAUUCAUCCACUGCCCAAAACGGUGAAUUUAAAUUAUUACAAAUCCUAAUAUAUAUUUUUGUAUAUUAUUUAACACCUGACUGUAAUUAGUUAUUAAGCACUUGUAGGAGAAUUUUAAAAUUUGUUAAUAUUAUUAUUUCAUAUCAUAUUAUAUUAUUUGUUUUUCUCCAUUAUUCAUUAAUCCAUAGACUUUUUAUGUUUCCCUUUCAUAUAAAUUAAAUAAUUUAUAAUGAA